CGCGCGCGCGCGUGUGUGUAUGAGCUUCCGCUCGGCUCCCGCCCCGCUCCGCCAUCAUCCCGUCCUGAACAAUACCGAGGAUAAAGAAAUAAAGAGUUAUGGGAGCGGCGCUGUGUGACAGCUCGCUCGGAGUGAACCAGUGACCCCGGGGGGAGUGAUGAAUUAGGAUGGAGGCGGUGAGAGCGGCGGAGAGCCGGGCUGUAGCGAUCCGCGGAUCAGGCGUUUUUACUCUGACAAUCAGCUGAUGCAGCCUGACUCGCGUGUCUUUAACGGUUUUAACGGUCCAACGCGCCAGUUGUUUUUUACCCGCGCAUUGAGCGAUAAUAACACUGUGGCCUGAUGUUCAGAUGAAGAUUGCCUGGUUUUAAAGACGGGAGCGAAGGUUUUUAUUUAUUUAUUUUUUAUUCCAAGUCAGGCCGGACACUGAGCUAGCUUUAGCUUUAGCUAGCUACAGCGGAGACACCACGGCGCUGGCCAUGCCAUCGAGUGUGCGGGCCGGGAGUCUGAAGGACCCGGAGGUGGCCGAGCUCUUCUUCAGGGAGGAUCCAGAGAAGCUCUUCACAGACCUUCGCGAGAUCGGCCAUGGCAGCUUCGGGGCCGUCUACUUUGCCCAUGACAUCCGCACCAAUGAGGUGGUGGCCAUUAAGAAGAUGUCGUACAGCGGCAAGCAAUCGAACGAGAAGUGGCAGGACAUCAUCAAAGAAGUGAAGUUCCUCCAGAAGCUGCGGCACCCCAACACCGUGGAGUACAAAGGCUGCUACUUGCGAGAGCACACAGCAUGGCUGGUGAUGGAGUAUUGUUUGGGUUCAGCCUCCGAUCUAAUAGAAGUGCACAAGAAGCCGUUGCAGGAAGUCGAGAUUGCGGCGAUCAUUCAUGGUGCACUGCAGGGCCUGGUGUACCUCCACUCCCACAACAUGAUUCACAGAGAUGUGAAGGCUGGAAAUAUCUUGCUGACAGAGCCAGGGCAGGUGAAACUGGGGGAUUUUGGCUCUGCUUCCAUUGUGGCGCCUGCCAAUUCCUUUGUAGGGACACCCUACUGGAUGGCCCCUGAGGUGAUCCUGGCCAUGGACGAGGGCCAGUAUGACGGGAAAGUGGAUGUGUGGUCACUCGGCAUCACAUCCAUAGAGCUGGCGGAGAGAAAACCUCCCUUAUUUAACAUGAAUGCUAUGAGUGCCUUAUACCACAUCGCUCAGAAUGAGAGCCCAGUCCUGCAGUCUAAUCACUGGUCGGAUUACUUCCGAAAUUUUGUGGACUCGUGUCUACAGAAGAUUGCCCAGGACAGACCUACCUCUGACGUGCUGCUCAAGCAUCAUUUCCUGUGUCGUGAGCGUCCUCUGACCGUGGUGAUGGAUUUGAUCGCGCGCACUAAAGAUGCCGUGCGAGAGCUGGACAACCUACAGUAUCGCAAAAUGAAGAAGAUACUCUUCCAGGAAACGCACAACGGUCCGGCCGCAGAGGGCACGGAGGAGGAGGAGGAUGUGGAGCAGUACAUGCUGCGCACAGGCACGGUGAACAGCAUGGAGAGCUCGCACUCACUGCCCUCCAUGUCGAUCAGCGCCAGCUCACAGAGCUCUUCAGUGAACAGCCUUGCUGAUGGCUCCGACGACAGCGGCGAGAUGGCCAUGAUGCAGGAGGGAGAGCACACGGUCACCUCCAACAGCUCCGUAUUGCACAAACCACUGAGCCAUGAUAACAUCUACGACGAGCCCUACCAGCCUGAGGUGGAGUCUCAGCAGCAGGGUCCAUCCCCAGGAGGAGGUGGAGGAGGAGGUGGUGGUGGAGGAGGAGGAGGGGGUAGGCGCCGUCGAGGCCGUGAUCACUUUGCCACCAUCCGCACGGCAUCACUGGUGACGCGUCAGAUCCAGGAGCACGAGCAGGGUUCGGCGCUCAGAGAGCAAAUGACCGGCUACAAGCGUAUGCGCCGCCAGCACCAGAAGCAGCUGAUGGCCCUGGAGAACAAGCUGAAGGCCGAGAUGGAUGAGCACCAGCUGCGGCUGGACAAAGAGCUGGAGACACAGAGGAACAACUUCAGCAGUGAGAUGGACAAGUUCGGCAAGAAGCACCAGGGCUUACUGGAGAAAGAGGGUAAGAGUUCUACAACAGAGGAAAAGAAGUUCCAACAGCACAUCCUGACUCAGCAGAAGAAAGAGCUCACUACUCUGCUCGAGUCUCAGAAACGCCAGUACAGACAACGCAAAGAGCAGCUGAAGGAGGAACUGAACGAGAACCAGUCCACACCAAAAAGGGAGAAGCAGGAGUGGCUGGUGCAGCAGAAGGAGUGUCUACAGCAGCACCAGGCGGAGGAAGAGGCAGGCUUGCUGCGACGCCAAAGGCAGUAUUACGACCUGCAGUCCCGCCAGUACAAAAGGAAGAUGCUGCUGGCCCGACACAACCUAGAGCAGGACCUGCUCAGAGAGGAACUUAAUAAGAAACAGACCCUGAAGGACCUGGAGUGUGCGAUGCUGCUACGGCAUCACGAGUCCACACAGGAGCUAGAGAUGCGCCAACUGGGCCUGGUGCAGAGAACGCGGGCAGAGCUGAUCCGAACACAACACCAGAGCGAACUCACCAACCAGCUCGAAUACAACAAGCGGCGUGAGCAGGAGUUGCGCCAGAAACACGCCGUGGAGGUCCGCCAGCAGCCAAAGUGUCUCAGAGUGAGUGAGCCUGACAACAUGGAGAGCAGUGGGGAGGGUCCUGAACGGCAUGCAGAUGGGCUGCUAUCAGAAAGGGCAGAGGAGGGUUUCGAGGGAGUAGAAAGGGAAGAGGAUGGGAGUGUUUUCUUUAGACCGUUGGUGGAAAAAAGUACGCAGGAGGCGACUAGCAUAACGGAUAACGAAAGGGAGGGUUUGGUUGGAGGGAGAGAAGAUGAUGAAAGCCCUUUGCAGCAUUUAAAUGAGCGCGCCUCAGAGAAAAAGGCUGAUGUAGAUACAGAAGACAGGAUAGAGGAAGAAGAUAACACAGAGAUGUGUAAAGAUUUAAGGGGAGAAAAUAAAGACUGGCAGGUUGGGGAGAGCGCAGACAAAGAUUUAGGGGACCAAAGACUAGUAGAAGGCCUGCAGUGGGAAAAGGAGGAUGUAAACAGUGAGACGGAGAUAGAGACUGAAGAAGAGGGAGAAGAGGGUAGAGGCGUGGCUGAUGGCUGUCCAUCAGAGCUUAUCCGUUCAUCUCCUCUUGAAAUCCCUCAACGAGAUGAGCUGGAUGAGUUUUACUUUCCUGACGCUCUAGAGGAAGUGGAACCUCCUCCUGUUAGUCCUCCUUCCAGCCCUUCCAUUUCUCAACCUUCUAUUCCUUCACUUUUUUCUCACACCAUAUGUCUUGUCCUCUCCUUCUCUGCUGCAGCCAAACCAUCCUUCCCAACUUUAAUUUUUCUCUCUAUCUUCCUUCUCUCCCUUCGCCGCUCUCCUCCUCUUCCCUCGCUCGCAUCCCUGGUUCUUUCAGCUGAGCUGGCCUUCCUGGCCCUCUUUUUCUCCUACCUGUUCCUUCGCUCGCUCUGGUCAGUCUCUCUUUCCACAUUCUUUUCACUCGUUCUCUGGGCGUCCGGGCUGUUCAACAUGGGCCUGGCACUGAGUCUCGGUCUCUAUUACGUUCCUUUGGCUCUGGUCUCAGGUUUCUUCCUCAGCUCACCCUCACUCUUCCUUUCCCUCUACUUGGUAUUGGUGCUUGUGGUGCGACCGGCGCGCUCCUUCCUCCAGAAUGCGCCCCGAAAGCUAGCCCGACUUUGGGUGCGUCUGCUCUUUCGCCUACCAAAACCACUGUUUACAUUGUGCCAGUCCCUUACGGGUGGCAUGGCUGAGCGCAGCCUCUUUGAUAUGUUCCCCAAAGCUGGGCGUAAUUGUGGUGGCAGGCACUCCCGGAUACCUGUUCCAGCACGGAGCCUACCUAUGGAAUUCCAGGCCAAGCGCAAAUCUCAGUUUUACGUUUGGGUUAAGCGCUUCGCUCGGCGUCCCUUGGGCGUUUUAGCAGAUCUGGCCAAUUCGCUAGUGCUUCGAUUAGCAAACCGAAUACUUAAAGAGCUUCCGCCACAUUACUUGAGCAGACUGAGGGCUUUGGGGCUUUUAAGGGAGGAGAAGCCGAGCAAGUUGCCCCGACUCCUUCCACGCGAGGUGAGGGAACAGAAACGCAGGAUGAGGGAGAGGAGAGAGAGAGAGAGGCGAAAAAGGGAGCGGGAGAUAAUGCACAGAGAUGAUGGGAGGUGGGAGACCGGGCUGAGGAGAUCGUCCUCAGUAAGGAGCAUGAAAGGAAAGGUCGUGCCGUGGAGGUAGAUGUGGAAAGUGACCACAGGUAUCGCUAAAGUAUUUGCUGUCUGUCUGAGUGCUGAGCAUUCUUAUGCCUUGUUUUAUUCCCCCCCCCCUCAUGUUUUUGCACGCUCAGGUUGAGCCUUAUUUUUACUGGCUUGAUAAUCACACUUGUCUGUCAAACUUCCAUAUUCACUAUCCAUCAAUCAGUGAAUAUAAAGUAUUACUCAAGAUUGUGCUUUUUGUAAAAGUUUUACUGUCUUAAUUUGAAAUCAUUGAAUCAUUGUGUUUUUUUUUAUUUUAUUUUAUUUCUAAGAAGUAUGUCUUAUGGUUAUUAUUUCAUGACCACGUUUGUGCAAUUUAUUUUUCCACCCUUCCUAUUGUUUGUUUGGUGAAGGUUUUACAGAAAAAGCUGCAGAUAAUUUCGAAAGAGCAGGCAGAGAACGAUGUUCAAGAAGCCAUAGCUACAGUUUUUACGACGCAGAUGUCAUUGUAGCACCCACUGUGAAAAAACUGUACUGUUGUUUAAUACUUUACACUAUGGAGCACCCACUCACCCCCUACACCCCCCAC